UCCAGUCGGGACUGGAACCUGUGACGUGUGGGCGAGGCGUCCAGGGGGUCCUGCCCAGGUUUCGGGUCGCCGUGGGAGGCUCCCGCUCUCUCUGUGAACCGGGGCUGAAGCCUGCGGCCCAGGGUGGAUGUGGCGCCGGCAUUGGCCUGCAGCCAGUUGGGGCAGUCAUCAGUGAGUCAUCUGCUUGGAAGCAGAGCCUGAGUCGGGGAUUCUCGUCCUGCUGCCCCCAGAAGGUGGGGGGGCAGCGGGAGGGCAGCGAGGAGUAGCCAGGACGUUCUGCCUGGCACCCCAGAGCUCUGGAGCACCAACGAGCCACAGAGCUGGGCCUGUCGCGAAGCUGGGUCCCGUUGUUUGGACUGGGUCCCCCCAUCCCUCCCUGGAAUCAAUCACUGGCCAUGAAGUGCGCGUAAGACCUUGGUGAGGAUGUUCAAGGACGGCUCUUCUCAGUGAAGGACCUUGCACUCGCUACUGAGUAGCGACCAUGGGCCUGCUCGCCUACCUGAAGACCCAGUUCAUGGUGCACCUGCUCAUCGGGUUCGUCUUCGUGGUGAGCGGGCUGGUCAUCAACUUCGUCCAGCUCUGCACGCUAGUCCUCUGGCCGGUGAACAAGCAGCUUUACCGCCGGCUCAACUGCCGCCUCGCCUACUCACUGUGGAGCCAGUUGGUCAUGCUGCUGGAGUGGUGGUCCUGCACGGAGUGCACGCUGUUCACUGACCAGGCCACGGUGGACCGUUUCGGCAAGGAGCACGUGGUCAUCAUCCUCAACCACAACUUUGAAAUUGAUUUCCUCUGUGGGUGGACCAUGUGUGAGCGGUUUGGCGUGCUGGGGAGUUCCAAAGUCCUCGCAAAGAGGGAGCUGCUUUAUGUGCCCCUCAUCGGCUGGACGUGGUACUUCCUGGAGAUCGUGUUCUGCAAGCGGAAAUGGGAGGAGGACCGGGACACUGUCAUCGAGGGGCUGAAGCGCUUGUCCGACUACCCCGAGUACAUGUGGUUCCUUCUGUACUGUGAGGGCACGCGCUUCACGGAGAAGAAGCACCGCGUCAGCAUGGAGGUGGCCAUCUCCAAGGGGCUGCCCGUCCUCAAGUACCACCUGCUGCCCCGAACCAGGGGCUUCACCACGGCGGUCCAGUGCCUCCGAGGGACGGUCGCAGCCGUCUACGACGUCACGCUGAAUUUCCGUGGAAACAAGAACCCGUCUUUGCUGGGAAUCCUCUAUGGGAAGAAGUACGAGGCGGACAUGUGUGUGAGGAGAUUUCCUCUGGAAGAGAUCCCACUGGAUGAGAAGGAAGCGGCUCAGUGGCUUCAUAAACUGUACCAGGAGAAGGUAAAGAUACACAAACAUACAGGACACGGUGUCUUCGUCUUCAGCAUUGCGGGGGGCUUAGAGAAUGACAAGAUCCUUUCCACAUACAACAGAUAUCCUUUUAAAGGCACUGGUGAGCUUUUAAGGAAAUAA